AGCCACGUCGAUUGGUAGAAACUGACGCUAGUUUCCGUGUCACGGAAUUCUCCCCAUACCCAAUCAAUUCGUCACCAUUUCUUUCGGAUAAUUUAUGGGCACUUCUAGAAAAGUAUUAUAUUCCCUGAUAUUGUCAGCCAGCCUCAGGUUUCCAGGGAAUCGAUUCUUCUACUUUUCGAAGGCCCAAUAUAAGUUGUAUAGAAUCAUGCACCUUUUAUUUGCAGAAAUUCAAGUUUAUUUCAUAUCGUCAAUGACCAGUUGCAGACAAUUAGAGAUUCAAUUUGAAGAUCAAAACCCACAAAAAUGGCGUCAUCCGCUGAAAGAAGAAGCGUUUCUAACCUUAAUGGGGUUGGAAAAUCCGACUGUCCGUAAGGUGUUCGACGAAAGGUCUCUAUUCAGUCCACUGUUGUUCGGUAAAUUCUUUGAUCCAUCUGAUGCCUUUCCUCUGUGGGAGUUUGAGUCUGGUGUAUUGCUAUCCAAACUCUAUAGCUCGGGCCAGCGCAGUGUGGAUUGGUUCCAAACUGAUGAUGAUUGUGUUCUGAAAGCCGAACUACCUGCAGGAACAGGAUUAGGUAACAAUACCCUUCAAGUUUGUGUUGAAGGUGGUAAAGUCCUGGAGAUUAGUGGGCAAUGGAGGCAACACAAAGAUUCCAGGAGCAAGGACUGGAGAAGCAGUCAUUGGUGGGAACAUGGAUAUGUUCGUAGGCUCGAACUGCCUGAAAACUUGGAUUGGAGAAAACUGGAGGCAAAUGUAAGAAACGACGUAGUUUUGGAGAUCAGAAUCCCCAAGAUCUAUUUGGAUAGUGAUACAUCUCGAGCAAAUUAGACGAACAAAUUGAAAUUUGUAAAAGUAUAAAAAUACAACACAUGAAAAUGUAAAUGUACUUUUUAUGUGACUUAAUACAUUAUUAGAGUAUUAUGUAUAUUACCUGAAAAUAGUACACACGAUAAGAACGUGACUGCAAAUAGGUUUGUAAUCUUGUUAAUUAAAGGAAAUCAAAGUCUAGCAAUCCAUAUAUGAAUUAAGAUCUAACAAAGUAGGUGUGGUGUCUAUCUUCCCUAAUUCCAUUCACCAUGCACAGAGUAUCAGAAACUAUUGGCGUGGUUCCAUUCAUGCGUGCUUAUAAAUUGAUGAGUUUGUGCAAUUAUCCAAAAGAAAAGUAGUAGAAAUUUGGAUUCUUUCCGCUUCUUCCUCUUCUCAAGUUUUAUACUUUUAUCCUAAAAAUAUUGAAAAGAUAAAAUGUAAAAAUUACAAAUAUCAGAAAAAUUAAAUAAUAAAGACGAAAAAUAGAAUGAACAAAAAUUCCAUAUAUUAGAAACUCACGAAAUAAUAAACUAAUCAAGAUGGGCUGCCAAAAAAUCGGUAAACCCUUGUCAGCAUUCAUUCGACAGCACAUCUAAUAGAAAAAUGAUUUCUUGACAAGAAUUUUCCUUGGUCGAAUCAAACAUUCUCCCAUCCCAUUUGUAUAUUAAUAUUUAAAAUUUCAAUUCCUUUGGUGGAUCUGGUCCCACCCAAAAGCCCUCAAGUUUUGGAAUUUUUCCAUCUUCGCUUCACCUGACCAAUAUUCAAGAAUUUGUCGUCUUAUCGGGUGUGUUUCACGAUCCACUUUUUAGGUUUUGUUCAGUUUCUUGGCAUUUUGCCUUAAACAGUGUGAUUUGAAUACACUUUUGAGCUUUUGCGUUGAAUUCUUGAGGAGGGCCACCAAGAUUCUUGUCGAAACGUCUGCGAUUGGAACAUUUGAGAACUGAACUUCUAGAAAAUUGAGUAGGGUUAGUGAGAAAUUCUGUAAAAACUUGACCUUUGAAGGUACAUUCUAGCAUUUGGCUAUUAAUAUAAAUGAGGGGAUUUGGUAUUUGUUUAUCUUUUAAGUCUGUUCUCUUGAUGACAUGAAAGACACAGGAUACAAUAGGAAUGCCCAUAAUUCUGAAAAUGAUGGGUAUAAGUAUUGUUUAUGUCAUGGUUUUUGUUGUUCUGCUUUCCCCUUCUGUAGCAUCGCGUGUGGAGAGCAAGUGGGAGGCUGAAGAACCUUUACUGGCUUAUCUAAUUGACUCCGGGGAGAUAAAUCAGGAGAUGGCUGAAUUGAUGUGGAUAAACUGCAGGCUUGAGAUGAUACACACCAAGGAAGCGUUAGAAAAUCUUGAAGUACGUGCCUCUGAGGAGUUAACUGACCAGGAACUCUUGUCAUCACCCAAAUCAGAUUUUAGUAAAACUGUCAAUGUCUUGCACCCACAGGUUAAGCAAAUUCUGGUAGACUGUUUAUGGGAAAGAAAUCUUGCGUUUCCUAUCUCUGAUGAAGAAAAAGGUUUGAAAAAUUGGUACACCAAGUACAUGGGGUUUUUGUUUGCUAGGCUGAAUUCUUCUAGAAGGCGUGAAUUAAUUCAGAGAUUUGGAGGAGCACCAGCACCAGCACCAGCACCAGCACCAGCAGUUCUGUCACCUAGUCCAGAGUUAAAUGAUUCAGGCUUGCAGCCUACAUCCGGUGAACAUUCUUCAAACAGUCCAAAUUCUGCUUCAGAUAAACAGUCAAGCAAGCAAAAGGAAACUAUUGUUGUUGCUGUUGUUGUAACUGCUGCAGUGACAUUUGUUUUUUACGUACUGCUCUUUUUCUGCUGUCGCUGGUUUUGCGGGACUGGCUCUGGAUGGGGAAGAAAUGAUGAAAGCCCUCUUCUCAGCUUAAGCUUAAGUGACUAUUCCACUGCCUCUCCACAAAAGUCAUUUGGCCUUCAAACUUCAGUGAAUAAAGAAAAGCUUGGUAAUCAAUCAUUUAAUAACAAAUUGAACGAAAACAAAUUUAGCAGCAAGUUCUUUAUGAAGUCUCAUUCUGUAAGUGAUACAAAAAUUGAGAUUCCAGUUGGAAACAUUGCUGCAGCCACCUUAAGCUCAGCAGAUGAUUCUGUGCAGAUACCACCUCCAAUGUUGGGUACUUCUGAAUUGCCUGUACUGAAGCCACCUCCUGGAAGGGCGGAUCCUCCUAAGCUACCUCCAGGCAAGACAGCUUUUCCCCCGCCACCACCUCCUGUACCUGUUCCACCAGCACCACCUAUAAAACUUUCAUCUGCUGGCCAUUGUCCUUUACCACCUGGGCCACUACCUCCAACUGCUAUACCUUCUGGCAUCGGGACUGGUCCUCACCCACCACCUCCUCCACCUGCUAUACCACCUUCUGGCAUCAAGACUGGUCCUCGCCCUCCGCCAACUCCUCCACCUACUAUACCUUCUGGCUUCAAGAUUGGUCCUCACCCACCACUACCACCACCACCACCACCACCACCAUCAUCUCCACCUCCACCUGCUAUACCUUCUGGCUUCAAGAAUAGUCUUCAAGUCCCACCACCACCUCCACCUCCAGUACACUCUGGUUUCAAGACUUGUCCUCACCCACCACCACCUCCAGGCAGUGUCCCUCCAUCAAGGAUGCAUCCAGUUGGGUUGAAACCACCUCCACCUCCACCUCUUGGAUCUAUUUCAGGGGGAGAUGCAGGAGGUGCUGCUAAAGCUAAGCUGAAGCCUUUCUUUUGGGACAAGGUUUUGGCAAACUCUGAUCCUUCAAUGGUUUGGCAUCAGAUUAAAUCUGGUUCAUUCCGUUUCAAUGAAGAGAUGAUAGAAACCCUAUUUGGCUAUACCCCUGCUGAGAAAAAAAAGAAUGAGGCCAAGAGAGACUUUUCAUCUCAAGAUCCUUCAACCCAAUUUAUUCAAAUAAUUGAUUCAAAAAAGUCACAGAAUCUUUCGAUUCUUCUCAAAGCAUUAAAUGUGACUAUAGAAGAAGUCUGUGAUGCACUUCAAGAAGGUAAUGAGCUUCCUUCGGAGUUUAUUCGAACUUUGAUAAAAAUGGCACCAACAGCUGAAGAAGAAUUGAAGCUGAAACUCUACAGUGGCAAGCUUUCUCAACUUGGGACAGCUGAUCGCUUCCUGAAAGUCUUGUUUGACAUUCCAUUUGCCUUUAAGAGGCUAGAAUCAUUGCUUUUUAUGUGCACUCUUCAAGAGGAUAUAUCAAUGGUAAAAGAGUCUUUCACUAUUUUAGAGGCUGCUUGCACAGAACUUCGAAAAAGCAGGUUGUUUCUCAAACUCCUUGAGGCUGUUCUUAAAACUGGAAAUCGCAUGAAUGAUGGAACGUUUCGUGGCCGUGCACAAGCAUUCAAGCUUGACACACUUCUGAAAUUGUCAGAUGUGAAAGGAACGGAUGGAAAAACAACACUCUUGCAUUUUGUCGUUCAGGAGAUGAUCCGUUCAGAAGGUGUACGAGCUUCCCAAGCAGCCAAAGAGAGCCAAAACACGUCCAGCAUCAAGUCUGAUGACUUACUCAAGGAUUCUUCCCAAGAUUCAGACAACGACUUCAGGAGUAUUGGCCUGCAGGCUGUCUCUUGUCUAGGUUGUGAGCUCGAGAAUGUGAAGAAAGCUGCAGAUUUAAAUGCUGAUGAUUUGACAGGAACAGUUGCCAAGCUUGGUCAAGCACUGAAAAACUCCCGGGAUUUCCUAAAUUCAGAAAUGAAGAAUGUUGCAGAAGAUGGGUUUCAUCAGACAUUAAAGAGUUUUAUGCAAAAUACAGAGGCUGAUGUUACGUGGUUGCUUGAAGAGGAGAAGAGAAUAAUGGAUAGGGUAAAGAGCACGGCAGAUUACUUCCAUGGAAAAUCGGGGAAGAAUGAGGGUUUGCAAUUGUUUGUUAUUGUCCGGGAUUUCCUCAUAAUUUUAGAUAAAGUAUGCAAAGAAGUGAAAAUUCGCCAUAAAAACCCAAGUAGGACACCAAGAAAAGAGGAUUCAGUAGUGACUCCUCCAAAUCUCCCUCCGAAUCCUCCUCCUGCUGAUCCUCUUCAUCGAUUAUUUCCAGCCAUCAAAGAUAGGAGGAUGUAUAAUUCAAGUUCAAGUUCAAGUUCGGACGAGGACUCAUAGUAGUUUUUACAGAACAGGUAGUGCAGAGGUUUAGAGAAAGGGCAAAGAAGCCUACUCCAAUGAAGCUGAGACCCUGGCGGAAACUAACCGUCCAAUGUUAGCAAACAUUUUUUUGGUAAUUUAUUCAGGUAGUGCAGAGGUUUACCAAAGAAGCCUACUCCAAUGAAGCUGAGACCUGACGGAAACAACUGACCAAUGUUAGCGAACACUUUUGAGUGCUGUGUACAGAGGCUUAAUUUGUGGCUUCAUUUCUUCAGUUGGGCAUCAAUAUUUUCAAAGAAUUGCUGUAUGUUUCUGUUUUGAUUUACUUUUCUCAAUUUUGUUUUCUUCUUGUUUUCAAAGAAGAUUUAAGUGCUUCCAUUCUCAAUAUUCGAAGUAGAUGAAAAAUA